AUGAGUGAACCUGCCAGUGCCACCGUGGUGGCUACAGUGCUACAGCUUCUGGCACUACCAAGCUGUCCUGUACCAUCCCAGAGCCUGCAAAUGCUGCAGGAAUGGCUGGGACUGGUCCUGUGUUACAGAAAAGCCUUUUCUUUUAACCUGGUUUCCUUUGAAGAAGGAACUCGGGAAGCUUCAUGGCCUCUCAAGAAUAAGCCUGUUGAACCAAAGAGUCUCUGGAAGCAAACAUCCCACACUCAUAACUUGCCACCUGGUUUGGAGUACCUGAAUCAGCUGGACCGGAUAAUUAUUCAUCAGCAAGUGGAGCUUCUGGAAGCCAUACUUGGCACAGAGACCUCCAGCAAAUAUGAGAUAAAAAACCAUUUGGGACAAAGAGUUUACUUUGCAGUAGAAGAGAAUGAUUGCUUUGAUCGCAACUUGUGUUCACCUAUAAGGUCUUUCACCAUAAGGAUCACAGAUAACACGGGCCGAGAAGUGAUUACAGUGAACAGACCCUUGAGAUGCAACAGCUGCUGCUUCCCCUGCUUCCUGCAAGAGUUAGAAGUUCAGUCUCCACCAGGUAUAACAGCUGGGUACGUUGUGCAGAACUGGGACCCUUUUCUGCCAAAAUUUACAAUACAGAAUGAAAGUAAAGAAGAUGUGCUAAAAAUAAUUGGCCCAUAUGCAACUUGUGGCUGUUUUGAAGAUGUUGACUUUGAGGUAAAAACUCUCAACGAGAUGACAACAAUUGGCAAAAUUUCCAAGUACUGGUCUGGAUUUGUAAACAAUGUCUUUACUAACACUGCCAACUUCGGGAUCCAGGUCCCUGUGGAUCUUGAUGUGAGGAUCAAGGCGGUAAUGAUUGGUGCUUGUUUCCUCAUUGAUUUAAUGUUCUUUGAAAAUUCUUUGGAUAGAUUAUAA